AUGGAGUCGUCUUUGAUGCCUAGAAUGACUCCGGAGCAAGAAACUCACAUGGCAAAAAGCUGGCUUAGAGGACAUAGCCACCGACUCCGGUUGCCGCUUUCCAACAGGAGCCAGCCACAGCCAUCAGCCCAAAUCGAUCUUGCGGACACCCGGCAAGAACUUGAUGAAGAUGUCGACGAGGUAGAUGAGUUCUGCCAAGUUAUCCAAUGCUAUUCGAACGAGACAAAGGGUACUAGUGAGUAUGGCGAUGGCCACGGUGGGGGGAGGUUUGAUAUAUAUGGCGCGCACAGCUGGAAAGAGGUGGUUAAUAUUGUCCAAGCGGUCGAGAAAGACUACAAUCACAGCGCCACUGGCUGGAAAGGGCUUGCUAGAAGGGCCUUUCGCAAGCUCGGUGAGCAUGCAGAGGAUUUCAACCCUUGGCUGGACCUCUUGCCGGAUGACAAGUAUUUUAGCAUUGCUUGUGGCGGGCUCAAGAUAGUCCUUGGUAUGGCAGCGCGAAGAAGCGAACAGCGGGAAGCCAUUCUUGCAUUCUUCGCUGAAAUUCCAGAUAUCAUUUUCUGGACCGACCGUUACCAUUCUCUUUUCCAGGACGAGGAGGGAUUGAAGACCUACCUGUACGAGUUUUAUCUGGCUCUCCUCGCCAGAAUUCAAGGCACGAUUGCAGCGUUGGUGGAUGUAUCACUGUGGAGGAAGAUUAUUUCUGGUCUGAGGGUCAAAAAUGCAGACAAAUCGCUUGGACACGUCAACCAACGCUUCAUGCGGGCCAGGACUCAGCUCGACAAACAUCUCCAGUUCGUGCGCGAUCGGCUGCAGGUAGAUACAAACCAGGGGGUAGUUUAUAUCAAGCCUAUCGUGGACAACCUUGCAACAGGGCAGGAAAUAGUAAUCCAGCAAAACUCAGAUCUGGGGAAUUACGUGCGUGGGUUUCGCCACGAGGUCAUGACUCGGCUGGAAAGGCAGUUAAACAAUCCAUCGAGCAAUUUCGCGGAGCAGAUGCAGCAGGUCCUCCGGAAUGAGUUGCAGAAAGCGCAGUGGCAGAUAAACCAGGAAAACAUGCAACGAGAGAGUCGACAGUGGCAGAUUACGCGCCAAGGGUAUCCCAGAAGCGACCUAUACUUCUUCCUUCGUUUGAAUGAGCAGGAUGUGCGACAGCAGUUUAUCCAAGAUCUCGAUGAUACUGGCCGUGAUGGUCAGGAUAUUGAUAUGGCUGCUCAAACCCACGCUCAGCAGCUUCUCCGUAUGCCGCGAUUCCAAGAUUGGAUCCGUUCCGAUCAGCCAGACAUGCUCCACGUCGACGGGAAUUGUGACAACUAUGCAAUGGCGAGAUGUUCUCCAUUCAGCCUCCUUUGCUGUGUACUUGUCCACGAGCUACUACAGCAAGCGCAUUCCCAAGUUCUGUUCUUCUUCUGUGGAUUGCACAAUCUGGCCGGGGAGCCCAUGGCAGGGCCUGUCGGUCUUGUCAAAUCGCUUAUCAUACAACUGCUUCUGGAUACAGACGGCCAUUAUGAUCUCCUUUUCCUGACCUUUGGGCGGAGGGAAGAAGCGUUGUAUCACAAUGACCUUCCCACCCUCUGUGAGACAUUGAGGGAAAUGCUAAUCCAGAACCGCUCCUCUGCUCUUUUCUGCAUUGUCGACGGUGCAUCGUUAUUCGAGGUGCGAGAAUGGCGUGAAGAGAUGGAGUAUGUUAUCCAGCGAUUAUUCAGCCUAACGAUUGAUCCGGACAUUGCAACGGUGUUCAAGGUACUUAUUACGAGCCCAGGUAUUAGUCGGCUCGCCAGUGGUGUGCCUCAAGCGUGUCGCGUGUAUGUGUCAGAAACCAACGAGAGGAUUUCAGACGCAGGCUUCCGCAACCCAGAGGCAUUUUGGGACGAAGUUGAUCGCCGUCGAGAUGACAUGGCAGACACUGCAGGAAGAUAUGAGGUCAAUCCAUACGAGGCAAUGUACAAGGUGGAUAUGUACAGUGAGGAGUAUGAGUAG